UUGAAAUGUAAAAUUUAAAUAGAAGCAAAAGUGUUUCGUAUUACAAAUACAAUUCACAUUUUCCCCUUCGGCGCGGUGGUCUAUUUUCUCAGCGUUCUGGUUUGGGAGGGAAAAUUGUAAAAGCCCAAAAAUUGAGUCUGAAUCGAUCACAUUCACAACUCAACCUUCAAUUCCACCCACCAGGAUCAGAUAUUAGUUCCAGUCCCUUAAAUAGAGAAUAUAAUAUGAGUACUACAGUGCAAAGAACUCCAAGAUCCGGUAGGCAGUCUUUAUUUUUCCAGGAUUUAGCUUCACCUGUUUCUGCCUGUAGAGGAAAGUUUUCAAGUCCUGGUCAGGCAGCAGCAGUAUCUGCACUAUGGCGUGAGAACACUUCCGACCUUCCUCCACCUCCUGUUUUCACCCUGGAGGACAGAUCAGACUUUUCUCCUGAAUCAGGCAUACUAGAUUACCAAAUGUCCCCCGAGCCUAAGUCAGACAAUAAAACUCCCAUUCAAACAUCAAAUAGGGAAUUCUCAACUCCAGUGAAAAGCAAAUCUGAGGCCAGCACAUCUUAUGCUUUGAGAGGGUUACAACAAAACCAACAGGGCUCGCCAGGUUUGAGUUGGUGGUCACCUACAACUGCAAAGAGUGGUGGGGACAGAGAUGAGAAGGGAAGAAGUUCGCCAGUUGAGGGUGUGGUUCAGCCUGGUGCUUUGAUAACUCUUCCUCCACCACUGGAAGUGGCAAGGCCAGAGGUUCAGAGAAAUUCUCUGCCAGCAGGGAAUCUCAACGAGGAAGAAUGGGUAACUGUAUACGGAUUUUCUCCAGGAGAUACUAACAUGGUUUUAAGGGAGUUUGAAAAAUGUGGUGAAAUUUUAAAACAUGUUCCUGGUCCUAGAGAUGCUAACUGGAUGCACAUUUUAUACCAGAAUCGUUCUGAUGCACAAAAAGCUCUAAACAAGAAUGGAAUUCAAAUUAAUGGAGUACUAAUUGUUGGUGUGAAACUGUUGGAUCCCAUGCAACGUCAAGCUUUAAAUGAAAGGCUUAACAAUCAAGGAUUCAUGCCCUUACCUCUACCCUCUACUAGAAACUCAGAAGUGAGCACACUGAAAGCUCCUUCUCGACCUUACUAUCUGCAGAAUGGAAACUCAACUGCACGGCAGACUGGAGGAGCCAUUGCUUCCCCAACAAAAUCAUUAGUGUCCAAGAUCAUGGACUUGAUGUUUGGAGUCUAAAUUAGAUGUUCUGCUGAAUCAAACUAAUAUUGUUCUGUUUGUUGUAAGCAAUGAGUUUACUCGGUUAUUCAUACACUAUGUAAGAAGUUCGGCAUGUCUUGUUCAUUGGGUUGAGUUGGAAUGUUUACUCUGGAUUUCAAUUGUCAGAAUUUAUGGCAUUUUAACAUUGCAAUCAUAUGGAUGACUAUACAAUAAAUCAGUACUUGUUAGCGUA